AUGGAGCCGGAUCGUCUUAGUUGGUUACCAGAUCAUGUAAUAGACAACAUCCUUUCAUACUUGCCAAUUACAGAUGCCGUGGGGACAAGUGUUUUAUCUAGCAAAUGGAAUAAGAAAUGGCACACACUACCCAGUCUUGUAUUUGAUACUAAAUGUGCCGAAAUUACACCUUCUCAAGACAGUAAAUUUUCAAUAACGAAGUUUUCAAAAACUGUUGAUCAUGUCCUUUUACUUCAUUCUGGGCCACUUAUCAAGUUCAAGAUCUGCAACUACAAUAGAAAACUCAUUUAUGUGAUUCCUACGACUGAUAUUGAUAGAUGGAUUUUUCAUCUAAUGGGAAGGUCUAUUCAAACGCUUGUGCUACAACUUCAGCUACAAGAACGCUAUAAGAUACCUUUUGGUUUAUUCUCAUGUCAAAGCUUACGAGAUUUAAGUUUAUAUUGUUGUUGCCUUAAACUUCCCACAAAGUUUGAAGGUUUCAAGAACUUGAAAAGGCUUGAGCUGUGUCAAGUUACUAUAACCCAAGAUGCUUUUGAGAAUUUGAUAUCUCGCUGCCCUCUACUUGAAAGUUUGAUGUUAGCAGAGAUUUACAGCAUCUCUCUGAUUAAUAUUCAUGCACCAAAUCUUAAAGAUUUUGACAUUUCAAUUAGCUUUGAAGAUAUUAGCUUUGAAGACACUUUUCAAUUAAUUGAGGUAUACGUCGAUUUAAGUUUGUAUUUGAAUUCAGCAAGAAAUCGUAGAUUGCAUGGACGCUCUAGCAAUUUGCUCAAAUUUUUCGACCGACAACCUCACAUACGGAGCCUAGCAAUUCAUAAUUAUUUCUUAAAGUAUUUGGCUGCAGGUGUUGUUCCGACAAAGCUUCCUACUCCUUGUAUUGAACUAGGAUGUCUUUCUUUAUGCAUAAAUUUUGACGACUUGAAGGAAAUUUCGGCUGCUCUUUGCUUGCUCAGAAGCACACCUAAUCUUCGAACAUUAUACAUUUCUGCACGAAAUGAACUGCAUGAUGUCCCUUGGACACCUGUCACUGACGCCUAUCGUUGGGAAGAAAUAUUUUCGAAGCCAGAAACAUCCAUCCAAGUGCAGAAUGUGGUAAUGCAUAAUAUCUCUGGCUUCCAACUUGAACUAGAUUUUAUCAGAUUUUUACUUCUCUAUUCGCCUGAGCUAGAAGCAAUGGAUGUGAAUGCUGUUGUAAAUGUAAGACCGGAGUUGGUUACAGAAUUAAUUCGGUUUAAAAGAGCGUCAGCAAAUGCUGAAGUUAUCUACAAUUUGGAAGACACUUCAUAA